GUGUGUUUCUUUUUAGAGAGAGAGAGGAGUUUUGGCUGGUUGUGUGACGAGUUUUUUACUGUUAAUUGCCGGCAGUUUUGUUGGCAGCUUUAAGCCAUCACCUUCUUCUUCUUCUUCGCCUCCUCUCUCUAUCUCUUUCUAUAGGUGAGUGUGUUGAGAACAGAUAGUUGCAGGACGUGAAGGUCAAUCUAGUCUCUUUUCACUGUGGAAAGAAAUUGAACAAAAUGAAACACAUGGGACAAUUCACGUUGGGUUUGCUAUGAUCGAUGGGACUGCUGGAUUUCAGUGAGGAUUAUUAAGCUCCUAAAAGAUGGAGAAUUCUUAUGAUGAAGCAUCAAACAAUGAUAAACCAGGCGACAGAGGACUCCAGAUUGUGCGUUACACCUCGUACCAACCCUGCACCAAUUUGUUACUGUCUUGGUUUGAUAUUAGAGUGUUCUAUGUUAGAAUCAGCAAUUUCAUGGUUGAUGAUUCGACCCCCGAGAGUCUUUCUCUAAACCAUAUCCCCUUGAACCCUGACACCCUCCUAGAAGUGAAUGGUGCAAGAUGUAACAUUUACUCUGAAGGAGUCUCUUGCCUUCUUCGGAGGGAUCGGGUUGAUAAGAAAUCCGAGGAAGCUACGUUUGUGAGCACAGAUAGUAUAAGGUUGAGGGGCAAUGUGAAAUUUGAGGUUUUUCAUAAACAGGAUCUAGUUCUUUCUGGGAUUCUCGAGAUUACCAACAGUAAUGGUUUCAUAGGGGAAUCGAAAAAAAAUACCAAGAAAUGGAGCAUGAAUUGUGAGCCAGUGAUGAGUGCUGGCACUGGUUUUUUGAAGGGAAAACAAAUUGUGGGUCCUGAAUCAUCGUCACCACCAACCAUAGAAGUUUAUGUUGCGGGUUGUUUUUCUGGGACGCCAAUCAUCUUGACCAAGAGUCUGCAGCUUUGUUUCCGAAAGAAGCACAACAGGAAGGGGAUGUUAGAUUCCAUUCCAGAGUAUGAAGCAACCCAAUCACAGAAAGAUGCUGCAUCAGGACUUGAUCUGCUGGUAGCAGAAUACAGCAAUUACAAACCAGAAAGCGAGCAAGACUACAACAUGUACUGGGGACGAACAGAAUACAUAGAAGGUGAAGAUGGGGAACUCUCUUGGUUCAAUGCUGGUGUGAGGGUUGGUGUUGGAAUAGGCCUUGGCAUUUGCCUGGGAGUCGGAAUAGGAGUUGGUCUACUAGUCCGAACAUACCAAGCCACCACCCGAAACUUUAAAAGACGGCUUGCCUGAUUCCUCUUAUUCACUGGACAUUGUUUUACUCUACUCUCUUGAGUCCAAAGACUAACAGUCUGUCUUGCUUGUGAGAUAUCUCUGCAAAUUUUACUAGGUUGCAAGUUCUUCCGUUUUCAUAUUGACUUGUCAGUGUGAUUUUGUUAAGAAGAGUGUGAUAGGUGUGGGGGGUUCUGCUAAAUUGGAAGGAACAGAAUCAGAUACGCCUUGAAAUGGACAUUAUUUGUAGCUAAAGUUUGUAUCACACUGUAAAUAAUUCUGUGUUUUUGGAAGCCAUAAAAUAUUGGGAAUCAUUUGGGUUAUGUCUUGACGUGUUUCAACAAAGGAAUUUGAAUAAGUG